CCACCACACAGAAGCAAAAUCGGAAAUUCACAACACUGAUAACACCUACAGGAGCCAAAGUCAAAUGGACAACCCUUUUCAUCCGGACCCAGAUUCUCAAAAGGACAAUGGGACCUUAUUUGGCAAAAUUAGACAUACGGCUGGUGCAUUUGCUGCAGCAGGCCAAAAGAGGGGCUUCCACCAGGACCACAGCUCUGUCAGCGGCUUACCAGCAGAGGAUAUUGAAAAGGCCAGAGAAGCGAAAAACAAAACUGAACCCAAACCCCACAAACAUAUGCUCAGUGAACGAGCACGUGAGCGGAAGGUACCAGUCACGCGGAUCGGCAGGCUUGCCAACUUUGGAGGUUUGGCUUGCGGUUCCCACCAUCUACUUUGCGUUGGUCUGGGUUUAGGCGCGUUGGCUGAAGUAGCAAAGAAAAGCUUAUCUCCAAAAGCCGAGGACAGUAACGGUAAAAAAUCUGUAAUGGAGUCCAGUCCCUUCUUGUCCAAAGCCAAUGCAGAGCGGAUUGUGAGGACUCUGCGCAAGGUCCGUGGAGCGGCUUUAAAACUGGGACAGAUGCUGAGCAUUCAAGAUGAUGCCUUCAUCAAUCCCCAGCUGCAAAAGAUCUUCGAGAGGGUGCGUCAGAGUGCAGACUUCAUGCCCAUUAAGCAAAUGAUGAAAACGUUAAACGCAGAUCUGGGCCCCAACUGGCGAGACCAGCUCGAUUUCUUUGAGGAGCGUCCCUUUGCUGCUGCAUCCAUUGGACAGGUCCAUCUCGCCAGACUCAAAGAUGGAAGAGAGGUUGCCAUGAAAAUUCAGUAUCCUGGGUUGGCUCAGAGCAUCCAUAGUGAUGUGACUAACCUCAUGACUGUUCUGAAUAUGAGCAACGCUCUUCCUGAAGGCCUCUUUCCGGAGCACCUGAUUGGCGUUCUGAGCAGAGAGCUGGCCUUGGAGUGCGAUUAUAAAAGGGAAGCAGCUUGUAUAAAAAAAUUUAAAGAGUUGCUGAAGGACCAUCCAUUCUUCUCCGUCCCCAGCGUGGUUGAUGAGCUGUGCAGUGACCAUGUCUUGACCACUGUUGGUUUCCCCCUUGACCAAGCAGAGGGCCUGAGCCAAGAAAUCUGCUCCAAUAUUCUACUCCUGUGUCUGCGAGAGCUGUUUGAGUUCAGAUUCAUGCAGACUGACCCAAACUGGUCCAACUUCUUUUAUGACCCACAACUUCAUAAGGUUACUUUGUUGGACUUUGGAGCAACAAGAGGCUUUGAUGAGCAUUUCACGGACAUGUACAUUGAGGUAAUCAGGGCUGCUGCUGACAGAGACCGGGAGAAGCUGUUAAGAAAGUCCAUUGAAAUGAAUUUCCUGACUGGUUAUGAAUCCAAGGCAAUGGAAAAUGCACACUUGGAAGCGGUUUUGAUUCUGGGUGAAGCCUUUGCUUCAAAUACUCCAUUCAAUUUUGGUUGCCAGAGUACCACAGAGCGGAUCCACGGUCUGAUACCGGUCAUGUUAAAACACUGGCUCGUCCCACCACCAGAGGAAACAUACUCUCUGCAUCGCAAGAUGGGAGGCUCCUUCCUCAUCUGCUCCAAGCUAAAGGCUCAGAUUCCUUGCAAGAACAUGUUUGAGGAGAUCUACAGGAAUUAUUGGAAGGGAAGGGAAGACAAGAAACCAUAACUUCUCGCCCAUUUAACCUUAUUCCAGAUGUCUCUUGUCUGUUAAUCCUAGUAAAACAGUAUAUAAAGCUCGGGGGUCCCUCUAGCCACAGGUACAACA